UCGCUUACAGGUAAAAAUGAAACAAAACUAAAAUCGUUAAAAGAAAAGCUCUAAUUCCUUAACUCAUUCGUGACGACGCCAUGAAUGGAGCGUGAGUGUUCGAUUUUAUUCUUCAGAAGUUGGUUUUUAGGUUCUACAUUAGUUGACGGAAGUCGUGUCCUUUGUUUGCCUUUUGCCACGGCCGCGCGCACACACGAACGCGCUCGUGUACAGGUGAGCUCAGCCUCACUCCACAUACUAAAAUGUCUCUUUAGGUGUAAAACAGCAGCCAGGUUUUUGGUGCUUUGAAGAGAAAUAGAGUCGCUUCUGGCUUCUCUAUUUGGUGGAACAGGUGGUGGCAUUUAAGACUGCUAUAGUUGCUACUUUCCGCAACAACAACAAUUCAGAGAAUAUGGCACAUGCAGCCAGAGGCAAAGUCGCCAUGGAGGACUUUUUCAAAACGGUAGGGGAGCUGAGGAGCCUCAUACAAAAGAUGACCUGUCAAGUGGAUGAAGUAGACAAAAGACAAAGUGCCCUUCUUGCUUCCUCCAACCCAGACAAAAGAUGCAGAGAAGAGUUGGACUUGCUUAACAACAAGAUCAAGGCUGAUGCAAAUUUGUUCCGAGACAAGUUGAAGACAUUACAGGAGAGUUUCUCGGCGGACUGCAGCAGCAAUGGCACCUCCGUAAUGCAACGCAUUCACAACAAUCAGCACGCACACUUGACUCGCUGCUUUGCCGAACUCAUGACGAACCACCACAACACUCAAGUGGCCUUCCGAGAGAAAUGCAAAGCCCAUAUUCAGAGACAGCUGCAGAUUGUGGACAAAGUGACCACGGAGGAGGAGUUGGAGGAGAUGCUGAACCGCCACAAUGUGACCGUCUUCAUAUCUGAUAUCGUCGACUCUGGCGCUUCUAUUUCUAGCAAGGCUCUGAGCGAGAUCAAGUCUCGUCACGAGGACAUUAUUCGGCUGGAGGCAAGCAUCAGAGAGCUGCAUGACAUCUUGGCCGACGCCGCCAUGCUUUUGGAGAGCCAGGGGGAGCUAGUGAACAGCAUAGAAAAGAACGUGGCCAGUGCAGCAAACUAUGUGGAAGAGUCAAUAGAUGAGACGCACAAAGCGGUGAUGUACAAGAAGAACCCUUACAAGAUCGUGUCUCUGCCCAGAUUCUUCAAGUCCUUCAGGAGGAAAACGGAACCUAAAACUGUCACAGGUCCAAAGCCGUCAGACCAAAACCACAAUGAGAGAAAUAAUCACUGAACCUUGACUGCACCGGGACUCGCACUGUCUUCAACACCAGACUGCUCAAUAAUAAUAGCAGUCAAAUUGAAAGACACCUGAAUCAAGAUAGUUAGUUCAAGUUUUUUUUUUUUUUUGUGAUUUAUAAGAUAAAGCACUCCUUUUACAUUUCAAAACAAGAGCCUGUCCACCGAGGUCAAAUUUUAGGGAGGAUUUGAAUUAACGUCGGUCGGAGAUGUGUAAACUGGGAAGAAAAAAAAAAAACCCGGGAUGAUGUGCUGUCAUUGACUGCCCAGUAGGUGGCGUAAGAACACCAGCAGCACUCUGAAGCCUUUUUUUUACAGUACACUUAAGGUCACCAAAUAAAAUAAUAUAGUCAUUCACUUCUACUUAUUAGCUCUUAACACCUUUAACAUUUACAUUUUUCCUCUGCUUCAACCGUCAUGUCUUUUUAUUGUGGGGAAAAUAAUAAAACGCUUCAAUUGC